AUUUUUGACUUCACAUUCUCAAUUCUUGACAAGUUAGCAACUAUUCUCUGCAGAAUUAAAGAAAGCGCAAACCUAUGAAUUAAGAACUAGCUAGCCACCUAAGCAGGAUGACAAAGCAAAGGACAGAUAAGAUUACUCAUCAAUUCUCUUCAGAAUCUGUCCAAGAAACGUAUGUUGUUUGUUGGGUCUCAGUAAUUUUCUCCGAAGCUCGUCUGGUUACAAUCUAAUUUGCAUUUGAAAAGGUACAACUGGAAGCGGCCAACCAGAAAUCAAUGUAAACAAGACUUGGGGGGCGGGGGGUUAGAACACCAACUCUUUUACCAAAUGUAACCCAAUUUUCAAAGUCUGUGCACUUACUCAAGGAGAUACCCGUCCUUUUUCCCUUCACUUUUCUCUUUUAAAAACUCUUCAAAGUUCAAAGUCCAUAGUCCAAUCCGAUAUAUAGGAGUGAGCCUUUUCAACACGUUAGUGUAUGGACUAUGGACUAGCCAGCCAAAUUUCAAACCCCUUCUCUUCUUUUUUCAUUGAUCAAAAGUAGCCAAAGACCAUAGUUUAUUAGCACCAGAAAAGAUGAGCCGAGGUGAGGAAAUUGCUUAUGAUUUGGUUUUGGUUCUUCUUUCCAUCUCUCUUUUCAUUCUUGGUACCUUUCUCAUCAUCAUCUGCAGAAAGAAACCAGUAAAAUCUGAUCAAAAACAAGAACUGCCUGUCAAGGUUUGUGCAAGCGCGUAUCAAUUAACAGAUAUAGAUGCAGCUACAGAUGGCUUUAACCAUAGAAGAAUCAUCGGUAAAGGCCGUUUAGGUACGGUUUAUGCAGCCAUAUCACCAAGAGCGGAGCUCGUUGCGGUAAAAAGGAUACAUCCGCGGCUGGUUUUGAGCAAUGCUGGAUUCGGGUUUGCUUCAAUAAUCAGAACACUUUCUUUAGCUCAACAUCCUCACAUAGUCCCCGUUAUAGGGUUUUCACAAGCGCCAGGUGAGAGAAUUAUAGUAAUGGAGUUUGUUGGUAUGGUGAAUUUGAAUUUUUAUUUGCAUGAAAACUCCGACGGUGCAUCAUUAUUAGAUUGGAACAGGCGUUUAAGGGUUGCUGCCGGGGUAGCCAGAGGGCUUGAGUAUUUGCAUGAAGGGAUGGCACCAAAUAUAAUACACGGCUGCAUUAAGGCAUCAAAUAUAUUAUUAGAUGUGAAAUUUGUUGCUAAGUUAUGUGGUUACGGGCUAUCAUUUUUGGCACCCCAAGAGAAGAGAGGGCUCGUGGGGUAUGUAGAUGAUGAGUAUUGGGUGGAAAGAGGAGGCGGUGCUUGCAAGGAAAGCGAUGUUUAUGGCUUUGGGGUGGUUUUGUUGGAGCUUUUGACUGGGAGGAGAAGCGAAGAAGGGUUGCUUGUUAGAUGGGCAUUGCCAUUGAUAAAGGAGAAAAAGCUUAGAGAACUUUUGGACCCUCGACUUGUAAUUCCAUCUGAUAUAAAACCUCUUGUUAGACUGGCCAAAGUUGCUUCGACUUGCGUUGGUAAUUACAGGAAGGACAGGCCUUGUAUAUCCCAGGUGGCAACAAUCUUGAACAAUUUGGAAAUUGAGGCCUGCCAUUAGCGUAUUUAGCCAAAAGUUCCAGUAUAUUCCACCAUUCUUUCAACCCUAUGGGAAGCAAUUUUGAUCUUUGAGGAUAUUGCUUCUUUCCGGAGGUUAUUCUGUGAGAACAGCGUGAGUCUGAAAUAGAGAAAUGGGAAACAUUGGGUUUGUUUUUUCCUUUGAUCAGUUGAUGAGAUAAACAGCAAAAUGAAGAGAGAGUACACACGUGGGGUGUCUACAAAAUGGAUGUAAGGUAAGAGUUGGCAAAUGAGGACGAAUUUUGUGGGAAAUAUUGAAAAUGGAAAUUAUAAGAUGAACAAAGGGAGGGGGG